AUGACCAAGCCGGGUGAGAUUGACGAGAGCCUGUACUCUCGUCAGCUUUACGUGUUGGGCAAGGAAGCCAUGCUUAAAAUGCAGCAUUCCACAGUUUUGAUUAUCGGAUUAAAAGGGUUGGGUGUUGAAAUCGCUAAAAACAUAGCACUAGCGGGUGUAAAGUCGCUCACAUUGCAUGACCCCGAACCUGUUCAGCUACAGGACCUAUCUAGUCAGUUUUUCCUUUCGGAAAAUGACGUGGGUAAGCCAAGGGACGUUGUCUCUCGGGCAAAAUUGGCAGAAUUGAACUCUUAUGUGCCAAUAGACGUGUUGGGCUCUCUUCAAGAUCAGGAGCAGCUUUCGCACUAUCAGGUCGUGGUUGCUACUGAUACGUUGUCGUUGGAACGUAAAAUCGAGCUCAAUGACUUGUGUCACGCCAAAGGCAUAAUGUUCAUGGCCACCGAAACCAGAGGUCUUUUUGGCAGUGUUUUCAACGAUUUUGGCGAAGAUUUUACUGUCAUUGAUCCCAGAGGCGAAGAACCGGUCUCCGGCAUUGUUUCGGACAUUGAACCGGACGGAACGGUUACGAUGCUAGAUGACAACAGACACAAUCUGGAAGACGGAAAUUUCGUCAAGUUUUCUGAGAUUGAAGGUCUAGAGAAGCUGAACGAUGGUGAGCCAUACAAAGUCGAAGUUCUAGGUCCCUUUGCCUUCAGAAUUGGCUCUGUAAAAGAGCUAGGCACCUACAAGAAGGGCGGUGUUUUCACACAAGUAAAGAUGCCUUUAAAGCUAUCUUUCAAGACUCUUCGGAAUUCGUUACACGAUCCAGAGCAUUUAUUCUGCGAUUAUGCAAAGUUCGAUAGGGCGUCUCAACUUCACUUGGGUUUUCAAGCUCUACAGAGAUUUCAACUAUAUCAUCAGGGACAGCUGCCUCGUAGCGUCAAUAAGGAAGAUGCCGCUGAGGUGGUCAAGAUUGCGAAAGAGUUGGCUCAGGAACAGCCACUUGUCCUCGGCGAAGAUGUUGACGUCAACCAGGAAUUAAUUGAAGAGUUGUCCUUCCAGUCUAGAGGUGACAUUCCUGCUGUUGUUGCAUUUUUCGGAGGUCUCGUAGCACAGGAGGCCUUGAAGGCUUGUUCUGGUAAAUUCACCCCUCUGAAGCAGUACAUGUAUUUCGAUUCGUUAGAGUCUUUGCCAGAUCCAGAAAAAUUUCCUAGAACUGAAGAAACCACUCGCAGUAUCAACUCCAGAUAUGAUGCUCAAAUCGCAGUAUUUGGGCUUGACUUUCAAAGACUUGUAGCCAACUCUAAGGUCUUUUUGGUGGGCUCUGGUGCAAUCGGUUGUGAAAUGUUAAAGAAUUGGGCAUUGCUGGGUUUGGGGUCUGGUCCCGAAGGAAAAGUCAUAAUUACCGAUAACGAUUCAAUUGAGAAGUCCAAUUUAAACCGUCAAUUUCUCUUCCGUCCUAAGGACGUGGGUAGAAAUAAAUCUGAAGUUGCCUCCGAGGCAGUGUCUGUUAUGAACCCUGAUCUUAAAGGAAAAAUCGAAUGGCUGACGGACAAGGUGGGGCCCGAGUCCGAGGAUCUGUUCGACGACAAGUUUUGGAACAGUUUGGACUUUGUCACCAAUGCGCUGGAUAACGUAGACGCUCGUACUUAUGUGGACCGUCGCUGCGUCUUCUUCAAGAAGCCUCUAUUGGAAUCAGGAACUUUGGGCACAAAAGGUAACACUCAAGUCGUGAUCCCUAAUGUCACAGAGUCAUACUCUUCUUCUAGAGAUCCUCCUGAGAAGUCUAUCCCACUAUGUACCUUGCGUUCCUUUCCUAACAAAAUCGACCACACUAUUGCGUGGGCUAAAUCAUUGUUCCAAGGAUACUUCGCCGAAGGCCCUGAAAAUGUCAACUUAUACUUAACCCAACCCAACUUCGUGGAGCAGACUCUGAAGCAAGCAGGUGAUGUGAAGGGAAUUCUUGAAUCCAUUUCUGACUCACUCACAAACAGGCCUUAUACAUUUGAGGAUUGCAUAAAAUGGGCCCGUCUGGAAUUCGAGAAGAAGUUCAAUCACGAGAUUCAACAGCUUCUGUACAAUUUCCCUAAAGAUGCCAAAACAUCAAAUGGUGCUCCAUUCUGGUCUGGUCCAAAGCGCGCUCCAGAGCCUUUAGUUUUCAACUCAGAGAAUCCUGAUCAUUUUCACUUUGUGGUUGCAGGUGCCAACCUCAGAGCAUUUAAUUAUGGUUUGACGGGUGAUGACGGUGAAGCAGAUAAAUCCUAUUACAAGACCGUUCUUGCGAAAAUCGAAGUGCCUACAUUUUCGCCCAGAUCAGAUGUUAAAAUACAAGCGAACGAUGACGAACCUGAUCCAAAUGCAAACAACGGUGUUGAAGGCGACGCCCUGGAAACACUUGCUGCUUCCCUUCCAGAGCCAUCCUCACUAGCAGGUUUCAAGCUUGUUCCAGUGGACUUUGAAAAGGAUGAUGACACAAAUCAUCACAUAGAGUUUAUUGCCGCUGCAUCUAAUGACAGGGCUCUCAAUUACUCUAUCGAACCCGCGGACCGCCAGAAGACCAAGUUCAUUGCUGGCCGUAUCAUUCCAGCCAUCGCAACAACUACCGGUUUGGUCACAGGUUUGGUGAACUUGGAACUCUACAAGGUUGUUGCUGGUAAGACCGACAUUGAAGCCUACUCGAAUGGGUUCAUCAACUUGGCUUUGCCAUUUUUUGGUUUCUCGGACCCUAUCGCUUCUCCACAGGGCAAGUAUAACGAUAAAUCCUACGAUAAAAUAUGGGACAGGUUCGACAUCAACGGAAAUGUUACUUUGAAAGAGAUAAUCGACCAUUUCGACGAAAAAGAGGGCCUUGAAAUAACUAUGUUAUCUUAUGGGGUAUCCUUACUUUACGCUUCUUUCUUCCCCCCCAAGAAGCUCAAAGACAGGCUGCAUCUACCUAUCACUGAAGUUGUGAAGCUUGUAACGAAAAACACGGUAGCUCCACAUGUUAAAACUAUGAUUUUGGAAAUCUGUGCUGAUGAUAAAGCUGGAGAGGAUGUUGAGGUUCCAUAUAUAACUAUUCACUUGUAA